UCUUUCUCCUAACUUCCUUCUCUUCUCUCCCUCUUCCUCUUCCUUCCAUAAUCGACGUCGAAGCUCUUUCACUCACCAAGCAGAGUCUCAUUUAUCACUUAUACCUCCUGCGCCUCGCCAUACUAGGCACAUGACACACGACACACGACACACGACACUCUCGGCUUCGUUGCAUACGCAUAUCAGUGGCAUUGGGUAAGUCGCUCGUGUCGGUGAUAUUGAACCUGUGCUGUGCAUAGCAUAUAAAAACGGCGAUCCCAUUGCUCGGAACGACCUGCCAUUGAUUUGACAUUUGUCACCAAAAAUCUGAAUCCAGCGUAGUUUGACAGCUCAAGGCAUUUUUUGAUAAACAGAUCGUAGCCGACGACUCACCACGCAGAUCACCAUGCCGUUCUUCCUGAACCCGUUUGGGAAGCAUGACAUUGAGGACUACCUGGAAGUCUAUGUCCCGCUAGCCCUCAGUCCCCGCACUUCCGACAAGGAAAAGGAAAAGAAGACUGAUGGCGACGCGCCUGCGGACCGCGAGAGCGACCAGGAGAGCCACAUUGGCAGCCAUGGCGGCAGCAGCACCAUUGAGCAGCUGAGAGCCGAGAUCGACGCCGAGAUUGCGGCCAGCGGCACCGACUCGGCCUACGACCGCAAGUCAAAGGUCAUCAACCGCGCCAUCCAGGAUAUCGGCAUGGGCCGCUACCAGUGGAAGCUCUUCGUGCUAUGCGGUUUCGGCUGGUUGGCUGAUAACCUCUGGCUGCAGGGUGUCGCCCUGACGCUGACCUCGCUCUCGGCCGAGUUUGGCAUCUCUGACACUCAGGUCCGCUUCACCACGCUGGCGCUCUUCGCCGGAUUGUGUAUUGGUGCCGCCUUCUGGGGUGUGGCCUGCGACGCGAUCGGAAGACGACCAGCCUUCAACAUCACCCUCUUCAUGGCCGGUGUCUUCGGCCUUGCGGUUGGAGGCGCCCAGAACUGGAUCACCGUCUGCGGUCUCUAUGCUGCGCUCGGACUUGGCGUUGGCGGCAACCUCCCCGUCGACGGCGCCCUAUUCCUCGAGUUCCUGCCAUUUGCUAGGGGCAACCUCCUCACCAUGCUCAGCGUCUUCUGGCCCAUUGGCCAGCUGAUCGGAUCGCUUUUCGCCUGGGGCUUCAUCCCGAACUACUCUUGCGACCAAUUGUUGCCUGCCUGUAACAGCGUCGGCCCCGGCGAGGCGUGCUGUACCAAGAGCAUGAACAUGGGCUGGAGAUAUCUCAACUUCUCCAUGGGAGCCUUCACCUUUGCCAUGUUCAUCUGCCGCUUCUUCUUCUUCCACCUGUUUGAGUCGCCAAAGUUCCUGCUCAGCCGUGGCCGCCAACGCGAGGCCGUCGCCGUCGUCAGAGGCAUUGCCUACAAGAACAAGUCCAAGACGUGGAUCAGCGAGGAGGUUCUCGACGCUAUAGGAGGCAGCAUCGACGAGAUCCCAGACCAGAAGCUCUCCACCAUGGAGAUUGUCAAGCGCCAGGCUGAGAAGUUCUCCACCAAGCGCAUCGCGCCGCUCUUCGCCUACAAGCGCCUCGCUAUCAACACUGGUAUCCUGUGGUUCUGCUGGACGGCGAUAGGAAUGGGAUAUCCCCUGUUUAAUUCCUUCCUGACCCAGUAUCUCACGAGCGUCGACCCCAACGCCCCUCCCAACCCUACAGACAUUGUCUACCGCAACUACGCCAUCAUCUCGAUCUGCGGUGUCCCCGGUUCCAUCAUCGCCUGCUACACCGUCAACAUCAAGUACGUCGGCCGCAAGGGCACGAUGGCCAUCGCGACCCUCCUCACAGGCGUCUGCUUGUUCCUCUUCACCAUCAGCACCAACCCCGACUUCCAGCUCAUCUUCACCUGCAUCGAGUCCUUCUUCCAGAACAUCAUGUACGGUGUGCUGUAUGCGUACACGCCCGAGGUGUUCCCAGCGCCGAGUCGCGGGACAGGGUCGGGUAUCGCCAGUUUCCUGAACCGCAUCGCCGGAAUCUGCGCGCCCAUCGUCGCCAUCUACGCUGCGACUGACAACCCGAAGGCGCCGAUUUACGCAAGUGGUUGUCUCAUGUUUGCCGCGUUGGUCGCAAUGUUGGGGUUGCCCAUUGAGACGAGGGGGAAGCAGAGUUUAUGAUGUGUUGUGUUUUAGAUACCUUUUUGCUUUAACGUAAUAGAGUUUUUAUAUU